AAUGUCCUCGGAGAAAGAGCGUCUCCCCCCCCACGCACACACAAGCGAGCGAGCGAGCCUCACCCAGUUAUGGCGCAGCAGCAUUUCACAGCACAGUGCUCGCCUUUGUCUGCAAAGAAGCCAUUUUGAGACAGAGAACAGCAGAGAAACCAUUGAACAAGUGUAGCCACAUCACCCAAAGGUGUCUUCGUCAAAGGGAAGCAGUGACACAUGCAAGAUUCCUCCCUAUAAGACUCCUUUUUUUUGCUCGUUUAAGACUUGGAUUACAUGUUUUUGAAUACUAACUGUAAGUUUACAACAUCAAUCCAAAUAUGUAUAAAAAUACUGGUUACAUUUUUUUUCUUCUUCAACAAAUAAGAGUUUUCACGAUAACGUUUGAAUCCACAUGUGUGAUCUGUCAUGUUGUCUGUCCUCUGUGAGAAUACUUACGUGUAAAGACAUACCAGCUUGGCAGAAUUAAGUGAAACAGCUCAAAAUCCAUCACCUCUCCAAGAAAAACAACAUUUCCUUGUCUAGGUUAGUUUUUCUUUACACGAUGUAGCUCAGUUAGAAAUGUCGAAAUGCAGGAGGUUAUACGUGACUGCGAUCCAGUCGUCAAGGAGAGAGGAGGGAUAGUUUGCAUAUUGCCCACACGAGAUGAUGCUUGGAGAUGCAUGUUCGCUGGCAGAGAGGCAAAUGCCAGUGAUUGAAAAAAAGUUUUUUCAAAAGAGCUCUCUAUCUGUCGUGCUAAUGGAUUCCUUCCCUUCACAGGAGACGCUCCCUCGCCCUUAUUAAAGCCAUUAUUAGAAGAUCCGAAGAUGGAGCUGAAAACGUCCCUGCCCUUGCGUUUAGGCCUGUUAACUGCAUUUCACCAAAGUGCUGAGGUAAAUAUUUUCACCCUGAGAGUUUUCCCUCCAUCUGUUUCCUCUUUGGUUUAACUGCUUCUUUUUUUUUUAUCGUUAUAGAGACUGUUAUGAGUUUUAAAAAAAAAAGGACAACCUGACUGGGCUUUGAUUGUGUUUUAAAUCUGCCAUUGGAGCAAGGUCACCCCGUCGUUUUACACAUUUGGUGCGUAAAAGCCAAAUGGACGGCACGGUCCCUACACCGUGCCCGAAGUUGUCUCCCCCGUUGUGGGCCGGGUAUAACUCAAGUCAUCAGGGUUGUUAAGCGUUGCUGUUGUGAGAGGAAAGUAAGUCAUUAAUCAAAGCAGAGGGAUUAUCAGUCAACAGUCCAAAUCGCAGGCGGCACAGUAAACUAUUUUACGGAACAAAAAAAAAGGGGGCCAUUAGUUAUGCGUGGCCUGCUCUGUCACUAUAGAGGAGCAGUGGUACUGUAUAUAACCUGGAUGCUGUAUAUGUCGAUAUGUCAGCAUGCCUGGGAACACAUUUGGAAUUAAAGAUCAAAGUUUCUAUGUAGUAACAUUAAAGCCAAGAAGAUAAAUUGACAGUAAAAAAACAUUCACUUUUAAUAACAGUAACUGCAUGCCUCACAAUUUUUUUUACAUUACUGAAAGUUCAAAAAACAAUGAAAUGAUUAUAAAAGAGUUGAACUUACUCAUUGCUACUCCUAUCCUACACAGGCCAUAAAGUGCAAUGCCAAACAAACCAGCCAUUACACGUUUUGUCACUAUAAAAUGUGUUUUUCUUUCCUCCUCCUCUCUCUCUCUCUCUCUCUCUCUCUCCAAAACCAUAAAGCUGUUUAUUCACAACAAUUUUGGUUUCCCUUUUCUUUUUUCACUUAAACGAAAUAUAAACACUAUUAUAUUGGGUGUGCCAUGGCCUAGUUAAGACAAAGGUGGAUUCCAGGCAGAGGAAAAAAGGCUCAAAAUGUCACAUCCGGCACAUUCUCUUCCUUCUUCUCAAUCCUUUCACAGGAUAGUUUUUAAUCAUAGUCCGUGAGAGAUGAGGAAAUCGAGUGUAAGAUCCCUCUUUGGAACAAAGGAAACCCAUAUAGGCCACUGAGUCCUGUGUGUUUUUGUUAGGAAAAUGGCUGCCGAUGCCCCCUCUCUCUGCUCUGCGUUGAAGGACUCCUGAUCCUCGCUUCUAAUAGUGGACGGCUCCUCUGCUGCCGUGCGCUGAUUGGUCCGCCGAGCCGCCGCUGUUAACCAGCCAAUUGCCCGAGCACCGCAAAAACAGCAGGAGACGUCAAACAAAAAAAAAGUCCCAAUAAUUUUUUAAGAAAUACACACGAGAUAUUUCAAAUCCACGCUGCGAUCAUAUCGAUUUAAAAAGCGACAUAAAAACACGAGCGGCUACACAUCCGGGUUGGCACUACUUUUUCCCUCCUGAGUGGAUUAGUGGCAGACGGGGAAGGAUUUAACAACCCGCCGCAUUCCUACGGUUCUUCCGCAUCGUUUAAAUCAACUUCGCAACAUCCGAUCUUCGUCAUUUUUUUUAAAAACAAACAUAAACAUUCAGCAGUUAGCCCCACGUUAGCUCCUUUGUUAGUUCCCUCCGCAGCUAGUGUGUGUUUUAUUCGCCUCCAGCGGCGGUUCACUAUGUAUUGACCCCUGUGUAUAUCUAGCUUGUGUUUGCCAUCUGAGUGAACAGAGCCGGCAGAUUCGCCACACACACACAAAAAAAAUGUUUGAGAGGGUUUAGCGACGCACGCUUGCUGCCGCCCCCGUGAUUUCCUUUUCUAUACGCACUCUUCGUUUUUAACGAGUCGCCUGAAAGCUCGGUGCUUUUAAACAAACCCCCCAAAAACUGCGGUAAAGAAAAAAUUAUAAUAAAUGACAAGCGGAGGGAGAAGUAAGUUUGCGCCGAAAGUGCGCCUAGCGUCGAGGGUGGUGGGCAAGCGAGCCUGGCGGUGUAUUGUGGGAGAGACAGGAGCAGCCACGGACCGGAGAGGCACACAAUAUGUGCUGGCUCUCGCCGAAAAGGAGGCAGUAUUCUUCCGGCGAAAUCAUGUAAUGUAAGCGGCGACUGGAGAGCGAUUCGUGUCUUUUCAUCAGUUCGAGAACCCCCCCUCCCCUCCCUCCCUCCUCGAGUCGGAUCGGACGAACCAUGUCCAAGCCCGGGGAGAGAAACAGGUUGAGCGAAGACCAUGGCAGAAAGCAGAGUUCAAGUCUGGCGAACGGCAUGGACGGCCACCCGGGUGUCUGCGGCUCGGCGGACAAGCGGAGUCACCACUGGAGAAGUUACAAGUUGAUCAUCGACCCGGCGCUGAAGAAGGGCUCGCACAAGCUGUACCGCUACGAUGGACUCACUUUCAACAUGCCCAACCCCGGGAUGGGCCCGGUGGACAUGGUCCGGGACCCGAGGAUCGGUCGCCUCUGGACCAAGUACAAAGAGAUGGAUCUACCGGUGCCGAAGUUUAAGAUCGAUGAGUGCUACAUCGGCCCCGUGCCUCCCAAGGAGGUGACUUUCGCGCGGCUCAACGACAACAUCAGGGAAGGAUUUCUCCUGGACAUGUGCAAGAAGUUCGGGGACAUCGAGGAGGUGGAGAUCCUGUACAAUCCGAAGAACAAGAAGCACCUGGGCAUCGCCAAGGUGGUGUUUGAGAGCGUGAAAUGCGCGAAGGUGGCGGUGCUGUCGCUCCACAACACGUCUGUUAUGGGAAACAUCAUCCACGUGGAGCUGGACCCGAAAGGUGACAAUCGCCUCAGGUACUUCCAGCUCCUGAUGAAUGGCAGCUACAAUCCGAUGACCCUGCCGGUGGGUGGAGAGGAGGCCAGAGACGUUUCCCCUCGUAGCCUAGCUGAGGCCAUAUUGGCCUGCGAGCCCAUCCGCAGGUUGUCAGAGAACAGCGUGUCGACCGGGGGAGCGGCGUUACCACCCAGCAGCUCCUCCACUCCUCUGUCACAGGAUGCGGGCUUCUCCAGCCUAAGGCAGGACACGCCCCAGUCCCAGGGAACCCCUCUUACCCCACGCCAGUCAACUACGCCCUUUUCUCAAGACUCCAAUUACUCCAGUCGGCAGUCCACGCCUGCGUACCAGUCCAGCCGACCCGAGAGCUCGGGAGGCUACAAGUCCCGGAGACACGAGAGUAAGUUCCAGGAUGCGUACAACCGCAGACCGGAGAGGCCUCAGUACCGAGGCAACAUGUACCGAGGUUCAGGAUCGGAACAGGCUCCCUUCAAACAGCAGCAAUACACCCCACCUGAACCUCCACCUUCCACCCCGUCUUUCACAGCGCCUCCCCCGGCUACGCCCACCUUCAAGUCCAACUUCUCGCCCUACCAGGCUCCGCCGCUCCCUGCGUUCCCCCCGUCAGAACCUGCUUUUCAUCAGCCCCCGCAGAGGGAGGGCGAUUACCUCCGACCACCGCAGCCGCCGCCACCGCCGGCUGACUCUGACUUCAUGCCCGGCAAGGAGAGACCAGAAACGCCUCCGAUUCCCGAGCCCCCACCCGAGCCCGCGGGCCAGCCGACCACCCCUCCUCCUCAAACGCCAGAACGCUGCCCCUCCCCUGGCUCCCCCGCGCUGGAUCCAGAGCGCAAUAGCCUGGACUCCCGCAUUGAGAUGCUCCUCAAAGAGAAACGGACAAAACUUUUGCCUUUCCUCGAGGAGCGAGAAUCGGACACUGAGGUGCUAAUGGAGGGAAGUCCGAUUUCCUCCUCGUCCUCUCAGCUAUCCCCAAUUCCCCCUUACGCCGGCGGCUCUCACGGUGGGCUGCAAAACUCCCGUCCUCCCAGCACAGGCCUGGAGGACAUCAGUCCGACCCCGCUGCCGGACUCUGAUGACGAGGAGCCGAUUCCGGGAACUGCCCCUCUGGUCAAGAAAAUCACUUCUCCUGUCCACGAGCAGAUGAGCACCAAUGACCUGCAAGAUGGACAGUUUCGAGGCCACACUCCCACUGAUAACAUGGAAACGUGUCAUCAGUCGUCAGGUGAAGACAUGGAAAUCUCGGACGAUGAGAUGCCCGGGACUCCGACUAACAGCGGCGAAUGUGACAAGGGCAUCGUGGUCAACUCCGCAGUGUCCCCGAUGCAGACCAUCACCCUCCACACCCCCGGCUUCCACCCUAUGCCGCACCAGGCCGCCUUCACGAUCCCGCAUCACCAACUGUCCCUUCACGCUGCCGUGCAGGGGCAUCCCGCUCACCUGGCCGGUCAUCCCGGAGUGCCUCACCAUAUGCUUCAACACCUGGGUCCCUACCCUCAUAACAUGAUGCCACUGGUGCAAAUGGAGCUGAUGAACUGCCUGCGCUGGGAGCAGUGGAGCAACGUGCCCAUGUCGUUCCAGAUGCAGCAGCAGAUGUUGAGUCGCAUCGCUCAGACUAGAGGCCCCUAUCCCUAUCCGCACUUUAUGGACAGUGGUGCAUCGGGGCAGUUUGCCGGGCCCUACGCACCCCAGUCUCUCGGGGCUACGCCCACCAGCGGCAGUGCAGUGGCACCUGGACAGCAGUGGCAGCAAACCAGCGUACCAAAGUUCAACCCCACUGUUCCUCCUCCUGGAUACGAGGGCAAAAAGGAGGAUCCACACAAGGCCACUGUCGACGGCGUUCUACUGGUCAUCGUCAAAGAGCUGAAGGCCAUCAUGAAGAGGGACCUCAACCGCAAGAUGGUGGAGGUGGUGGCUUUCAGAGCCUUCGAUGACUGGUGGGAUAAGAAGGAACUCUCGGCAAAGACAUCUUUGACUCCAGUGAAGGGCACAGAGGGGAAAGAAGAAGAAAGACCCAAACCCAAAGAGACCAUUGGUUCGAGUCUGCUGGAGAACUGGAACAAGGUCGAGGGACUGGGCUAUGAGGGAAUGGGCCUGGGAAUCAGUUUGCGUGGAGCCAUCCGUCUUCCCUCCUUCAAGGUGAAAAGGAAGGACCCACCAGAGGCUGCAUCAGCAGGCGACAGUAAACGAGCCCGACCCUCCACUCCAGUCGAUGACGAGCUGGAGGAUGAAGACCGGGAUCGAGACCCAGCCGAGCUCCCCUUGGACGAUUCCAAAACGGACAGCGACGGCAUGUCUGCAAAGAGACGGCACGCACGGCCGCUGGAACUGGACAGCGAGGGAGAGGAGGAGGUGGACACGUCCGGGAAGGAGGAGUCGUCGUUGUCGGACAGGCCGGAUGAGGUUAGAGACAGGCUGUCGUCGGGCAAAGAGAGUGGUGAUGAUGAGGGUGACGAUGAAGACUCAUCCAGCGAGAGCGCCUCCUCGGAUUCGUCUGAUGAUGAAGCCGAGAGUUCUGCUUCGUCCAAGGUCGGCUCGGACUCCUCGGCAGAGAGCUCAGACUCGUCCGAGAACGAGUUGAGCUCAGAAGAGGAGGAAGAUGAGAAGGAGGAAGUGGAGACAGUCGGUGAAGAGGAUGAAGUCAAAGGGGCUGUGACGUCCACGACCUCCUCGUCCUCGUCGUCCUCAUCGUCUGAUGAAGAGGCAGAGGCCAAGCCCCCGAGCCCCCCUGCAGGACCUGUCCUAGAAGUCAAGGAGGAGAAACAAAGCCAGGAGGUGUUCAGCAGCAAGAUCAAACGCAGACCUCCGAGUCCUGUGGAGGAGAAAGUGGACCUGAAGCCGCCUUCACCUAAAGAACCAGUCAAAGAGCGAGACGUUAAAGACGGCCUCCUCCCCGUAGUGAAGUCUGAACCUCAGGAGCCUGUAGCCAGCCUUCGGCCGCCCACGCCCACAGGCACGGCGCCCGACAGCGACCAGGAGGCGAAAGCCAAAGGUAAACCAGACGCCAGGGAAGUAGCCCGCACCCCCGGUCGAUUACCCCCACCCCACUUAGAUCCACCUGUCCCCAAACCCGUCUCCACAUCGUUAAUGCACCUCCCUCUCCCUCCUCACCCUGCGAUAGAAGGUCGCUCCCUCCUUCAUCCUCCCCCCGGUCCCCUGCCUGACCUCCCACAGCGGCCCAGGCUCCCCACAGAUGAGGACAUCCCUCGUACACCGGGUAGGGAUCUGAUGGAGCGUGCCCGCAGUCUGGGGAAGUCCCAGAGCACGGACACAGUGCCCAACACACCGGGUAGUGACGCCCCUCUUACAGGCAGUAGCCUGUUGCUUAGCUCCCCCCACAUCCCCGGUAGCCCCUUCUCCUACCCCGCUCAGUCCCCUGUCCUCAGUGCUGGAGUCCCCCGAACCCCAGGAAGAGACCUCACCUUCACCCCUGUCUUCCCUGACCCCACAGCACUAUCUCUUAAUAGGAAAGUGUCCUCUGAGAGCCUGGACGAUAGACCAGUUUUUAAGGAGCCGCCCAUUAGUGCACUGCCUAACCUAACCCUCUCCACUGGCACAGAGCUCUCAGCUAGUGUCCCUGAAGAUCUGCCUGCUGGUCUCACUGUAGACGUCCCUGUGCCAUCAGACACCGCUGCUUCCAAGAAGAAAACUGGACGAACCAAAGGCAAAAAGGGGCCGGAGUGUUUGGAGUCCGAGUCCACCCCGUUGCCUCAUGACGCACACCUCGGAGAUCUAUCCACGCAAAUCAAGUCGGCCAGGUCUCCCGACCACCCGAGUCUGGACUUCCGGGAAGGAGACGUCAAGCCUCACACGGUGCUGCCCGCCGAAGACGGCUUCCUGUCCUACGAGGACGAGGCGCCUGUGGUCGUGAAGCCGCCUCGGAAGGCGCGGCGGCGCUGGGAGGAGCUGCUGCUCAACAGCCUGUCCCCCGUCGCCACGCCGCCUCGGCCGUACUUCAAGCGCCGCUCUGACUUCGAGGAGAUGACCAUCCUGUACGACAUCUGGAACGAGGGCAUAGACGAGGAGGACGUCCGGCUGCUGCAGAUCACCUACGACAAGAUGCUCCAGCAGGACAACGGCAACGACUGGCUCAACGACACACUCUGGGUCGGCCAUCCUUCUACCAACAUCCCUGGAGUGAAGAAGAAGAGGCGAGACGACGGCAUGAGGGAUCACAUGACCGGCUGCGCCCGGAGCGAAGGCUACUACAAGAUCGACAAGAAGGACAAGAUCAAGUAUCUUCAGAGCACCAAGCUGCAGCUGGAGGAGCCGCCGGUCGACACCCAGGGGAUGAGUAUUCCUCCACAGGUCCACGCCUCCACCAGAUCCGGCUCGGAGCGGCGGUCAGAGCAGCGGCGUCUGCUCUCCUCCUUCGCCUGCGACAGUGACCUGCUGAAGUUCAACCAGCUGAAGUUCCGUAAGAAGAGGAUCCAAUUCCGUAGGUCGCACAUCCACGACUGGGGUCUGUUCGCCAUGGAGCCCAUCGCUGCGGAUGAAAUGGUGAUCGAGUACGUCGGACAGAACAUCAGACAGGUGAUCGCGGACAUGCGGGAGAAGCGCUACGAGGAGGAGGGCAUCGGCAGCAGCUACAUGUUCCGAGUCGACCACGACACCAUCAUCGACGCCACCAAGUGUGGCAACUUCGCCCGUUUCAUCAACCACAGCUGCAAUCCGAACUGCUACGCGAAGGUCAUCACCGUGGAGGCUCAGAAGAAGAUCGUGAUCUACUCCCGGCAGCCGAUCAACGUCAACGAGGAGGUCACCUACGACUACAAGUUCCCCAUCGAGGACGAGAAGAUCCCCUGUUUGUGUGGGGCGGAGAACUGCAGAGGAACGCUCAAUUAACCUUUGGUCGACGGCAGGACGGAAAGAGAGAGUGUCGGGGGGGGGGCCGCGGUGCAGACUCCACGACGAGGAGGAGGAGGAGGAGGAGGAGGAGGAGGAAGAGGAAGAGGAGGUGAAGUAGGGGAGGUUUUGCUCGGGAGCGAAACCUGCGACCGGCCUGGAGAAAGUUUCAGCUACCUGUACGGAACUCUUCACAUAUUUAACUCUAGAUUGUUUACGAAUUAUGGUGCUCUUGAAAUUGAAAAGUGCAUAGUUUUUUACGAAUGCCAGUGACCCCCGAAUUUACAGAAGACUUGACAUUCCCUCCCCACCCAGCCCCCCCCUCCUCUCAGCGAUUUCAGUAUUGAGUCCUGGUUUGUACAGUUUUACACUUUGUUUGUUUUGUUUUGUUUUUCUUCUCAUUUGUCUCAUAAGCUUUACGUACACCACACGUGAUCCAGACUCACAUCGAUCAGCUGCUUACUAACACUGUUGAGACGCACAAGCCCCCCAGGGAAAACACCGCCUCUCUGUGAGGGGUGGGGGGGAAGCCACUGAAUGAAGCCCCCGCAUUCUCGCUCCUACCUCCUCCUGAAAUUAAUCAAACUGAUGAAAUGGAAAAAAAAUCAUGAAAUCCUGCCACAGGAAUCUGGACAUUAUGGGAAAUCCCCCCUUUCACCAGCCAAUGACGGAUCGUGCUGCUUCCUGUCGGUUUAUGCAAAAGUUAAAGACGACGUGAAGAAUUUGUAUUAAGGAUAUUCCAGUGUUUUCCAACUUUAGUUCAGAGGGCUUACCUCUGACUUGUUUCCUUCAAAGACACUAUUUGUGUUUGUGUGUCUGAGAGUGAGAAUGCGUGUGUGUGUGUGUGUCCAGCUUCUGAUUCAAAGUAUUUAUCAUGACCUCUUGAGAGUAUGUGAGUGCACCGCCCCCUGUAGGCCACAGCGCAGAAGGCCGACCAAUCAUGGAGAGCAAAUAAAGUAAAAUUCAAAUCGAACCCAGCAUCCACUGGGCAACGUCUGGAAAUACUUCAGCUUUGGAAGAAAGAGUUGUAUUCUCGUUUUCUAAGUGCCAUACGAAUGCGCGGCGGGCGGGCGAGUCACCUGCAGGCGUGGCCACGUGCACAGAGCUGCUGCCUAACUCUCUCUGUUGGACGGUGAGGACACUUGUGACUCUGCCAGUGUUUCAUGUUCCCCGGUGUUCCCACGACUCUGCGGACGUCAGAGGGUCGUUCAUCCUUUAUAACGUCGUUCAGAUAGAAACUGAAUAUCUGUGAAUGCACUUCUGCUUUACGCCCUCUUCCACACGCCCACUCCCCCCCCCCCACACUCCCCUCGAGACCAAGUCAGUCAUCGCUUUUCAUUCAGUUUGAUCCGUGGUGGAGAUUUCCUCGUUCUGUCUUUUCCAAUCCGUGAUGUUUAUAUUGUAUAUGAUUACUUGUACAGAAGAUCUAAAACUUUUUUUAUCUUCACAGGGUUAACACUUUUAAGACGCAUCGUUCGCUUUCUCUCUCUUCUCUUUAUAAAACAAAAGACUGAGUAUUUAAAAACAAUUUUCAGGGAUCAGUUAAAAGGAAAUCUGAGGGUUUCAAAGGUUGUUUAUUUAAAGACAAGGUCCCCUGUGUACAGGAAACAAAAAGUCUCCGGCUCCCUUUUGGAAAGAUUGUUUCUUGUAGAAACGUCUUCAUUUUCUGCCCAUUUUUGCUUUGUAAUCCUGAAAUGUGUAAAUACUGUAACUGUGAAUACGAUAUAAAUAUAUAUAUUUUUGUUCCCUGGGAUUUGCUACGCCAACACAGCUCAGAGGUGGAUGUAUCAUAACGGGGCGGGCGCUGAGCUGGUAGCAGGAAAUUCAGCUUGUGUCAAGCUUUGUUUUUUUAUUUUCUGUUGUAAAUUCUAUGAAAAGUUGUUGAGUGGUGUGGAGAAAAAAAAGGUGCAGAAUCGGCAUGGGAGGGGGAUUGAAGCAUCGGCUCGUCUCAUGUCUAUUUAUUACACGACAAAUGUAUGAAAAGGAAAAAUAGUGGAAAUAAAGCGAUUUUGCAUACAUCCAUAAA